CAGGCCGCAUUCCAUGCCUCCAACAUGGCGUCCCCCAUGUAGGCUGUGGCUGUGGUAUUGCCACAGGUGGCCAGUGUAGCUUCUGAGCUGCGGCUGCGGUCCCGCCAGCUUUUGGGUUGCAGAAGCAGCAAACUUUGUUCCCGGUUACGGCUCCAGAAAGCCACAUUUCUCCGAGGGUCUGGAGUCGCCGUUAACUUUUAGAUUCUGAAAGUUCCUCUUCAGCCCUUGCUUGUUGCCUGUGCCAUCAUCCCUGGACACCUUCCCCAGGUCCCUGACCCUCUCGGACUCAAACUAUGAGCCUUCGGCAGCUGCUCUUGCGCUUGUCCGGGUACCUCGGGGCCUCUGGUCCCCCACAUCGCCAGUGGUGGUGCGCCAGAUCCCUCGACAGCAUCUCCUCCGUGGGCUCCUGGCGUGGUCGGUCCUCCAGGACUCCAGCCCACUGGAACCAGGUGGUGUCCGAGGCCGAAAAGAUCGUGGGUUAUCCCGCUUCCUUCAUGAGCCUCCGCUGCCUGCUGAGUGACGAGCUCAGCAACAUCGCUAUGCAGGUGCGGAAGCUGGUGGGGACUCAGCACCCGCUGCUCUCCACUGCCAGGGGCCUUGUGCAUGACAGCCGGCAUAACCUCCAACUGCGGGGCCUGGUGGUCCUGCUCAUUUCCAAAGCAGCCGGGCCCAGCACGGGCAACUCUCCAUGUCAGAACUACGACAUGGUCAGUGGGAUAUACUCAUGUCAAAGAAGUUUGGCAGAGAUCACAGAACUUAUACACACUGCUCUCCUCGUGCAUCGUGGGAUAGUAAAUUUAAGUGAAUUGCAGUCUUCUGAUGGGCCACUGAAAGACAUGCAGUUUGGAAACAAAAUAGCUAUCCUGAGUGGAGACUUUCUUCUAGCAAAUGCCUGCAAUGGACUAGCUCUUCUACAGAACACCAAGGUUUCGGAACUUUUAGCAAGUGCUCUUAUGGACUUGGUGCAAGGAGUAUACCGGGAAAACUCUGCUUCAGCCAAGGCUUUACUGCAAAGACAAGAAGAUCACUGCAGGUUUCAGGACAACCAGGGCUACAUAGAACAUUCUAUCACAGAUGACAUUGGAGUGUCGACGUGGAAGGAGCAGACCUUUCUGUCCCACUGUGCCUUGCUAGCCAAGAGCUGCCAGGCUGCAAUGGAAUUAGCAAAGCAUGAUGCUGAGGUGCAGGACAUGGCGUUUCAGUAUGGGAAGCACAUGGCCAUGAGCCAUAAGAUAAACUCUGACCUCCAGCCUUUUAUUAAAGACAAGGCCAGUGACUCUAAGACUUUUAACCUAAACUCUGCACCUGUCGUCUUACAUCAGGAGUUUCUUGGAAGAGACGUGUGGAUUAAGCAGAUUAGAGAGGCUCAAGAAAAAGGAAGAUUAAACUACACUAAGUUGCGAGAAACAAUCAAAGCUGGCAAAGGUGUGACUUCAGCUAUUGACCUGUGUCGUUACCAUGGAAACAAGGCACUGGAGGCCCUGGAGAGCUUCCCUCCCUCAGAGGCCAGAUCGGCUUUAGAAAACAUUGUGUUUGCUGUGACCAGAUUUUCAUGACACCAAAUUAAAAAGACACUAUUGUUCCUUAGCUGAAAAACCCAGCGAAUAGGUGGACAGGAGAGCUUUUAUGAUGAGAAAACUAAUAUGUUAAUGAUUUUAAAAACAUAUGUAUUUUUUCCUGUUCUUUUAUCUCGUUGCUUAAUGAAUCUAUCUUUUUGGAACCACUACAAACAAAAUGAGAAGGAAAAAAAGGUCACACGGUUUUCACUUGUCACACCAGAGCACACUUGAGGCUGCAGCAACAGAAAUAAUUAAUGAGACUCACUCCCAUGACCUCAGCAAAUGCACAGGAAAUAAGUCCUUAUUGAUUGGACCACACCAGGGAUGGCGCCAGGGCGAUGGCUGUGGUUUUCCUUCUGAAGAGGACAGAGCAAGCUGGAAGCUGCAGGUGUCAAGAGAAACACUGGAUGCCAGCCAGCGAGGACACAUCAAACCCCGAUGACCAGUCCAUUGUAGUGGAGAACCGUUCCUCUAUGAGUUAAGCAAAAACAGGGCUUGCUUACUGUCUCAAAAUCAUGUCUCUGUGGGUGUAAUGUGAGAGGCUUGUACACCGAGGUUUUUUAUCAGAUUUGGGAGCGGUGGGGAAAAUGUUAGGCAGUUGCCAUACUUGAAGUUGAAUAUUAAAGUGUUACCAGGUGUUGAUUCAAUUGUA